AAGGGAGGGGGAAGUGUGUGGUUACCGCGGUGCUUGAUGGGGCUGCUCUGAGACCGGUAGCGGCCGCCGUUGUGAGAGCAGCCCGUGCCGCCGCAGCCUCAUGGCGGCCAUCGGAGUCCACCUGGGCUGCACAUCUGCUUGUGUGGCCGUCUAUAAGGAUGGCAGAGCACAUGUGGUUGCUAAUGAUGCAGGUGACAGAGUCACACCAGCUGUGGUUGCUUAUUCAGAAAAUGAAGAGGUUGUUGGUUUGGCAGCAAAACAAAGUAGAAUAAGAAAUAUUUCAAAUACAGUUAUGAAAGUAAAGCAGAUCCUUGGCAGAAGGUACAGCCCUGAUGACCCACUGGUGCAGAAAUACAUCACAGAAAGUAAAUGUCCUGUCAUUGAAAAAAAUGGAAAAUUCCAAUAUGAAAUAGAUACUGGAGAAGAAACCAAGCUUGUUAACCCAGAAGAUGUUGUAAAACUGAUAUUUAGUAAAAUGAAAGAAACUGCACAGUCUGCCUUGGGCUCAGAUGUCAGUGAUGUAGUUAUUACUGUUCCAUUUGAUUUUGGAGAAAACCAAAAGAAUGCUCUUGGGGAAGCAGCUGGGGCAGCUGGAUUUAAUGUUUUGCGAUUAAUUCAUGAACCAUCUGCAGCUCUCCUUGCUUAUGGAAUUGGACAAGAUUCUCCCACGGGGAAAAGCAAUGUCUUGGUCUAUAAACUUGGAGGAACCUCUUUAUCUAUUAGUGUCAUAGAAGUGAACAGUGGAAUGUACCGUGUUCUUGCGACAAACACUGAUGACAGGAUAGGUGGUGUGUAUUUUACAGAAGCCUUGGCCCAGUAUUUAGCUUCAGAGUUUCAGAGGUCCUUUAAACAUGAUGUAAGAGGAAAUGCCCGAGCUAUGAUGAAAUUAAUGAACAGUGCAGAUGUUGCAAAGCAUUCUUUAUCAACCUUGGGAAGUGCAAACUGUUUUGUUGACUCACUGUAUGAUGGUCUAGAUUUUGAUUGUAAUGUGUCCAGGGCCAGAUUUGAACUUAUUUGUUCACCACUUUUUAAUAAAUGUAUAGAAGUUAUCAGAAAUCUCUUGGAACAAGUUGAAUUUACAUCAGAUGACAUCAACAAGGUUGUACUUUGUGGAGGGUCGGCUCGAAUACCAAAGCUGCAGCAGCUGAUUAAAGAUCUUUUUCCAGCUGUGGAGCUCCUGAAUUCAAUUCCUCCUGAUGAGGUUAUUCCUAUUGGUGCAGCUACAGAAGCAGGAAUUCUUGUUGGCAAAGAAAAUAUUUUAUUAGAAGAAGAACCUCUUGCUAUUGAAUGUUCUGCAAAAGAUAUCUUAGUGAAGGGAGUGGAUGAAUCAGGAGCCAAUAGAUUCACCGUACUGUUCCCAUCAGGGACUCCUUUGCCAGCCCGAAGACAACACACAUUACAAGCCCCUGGAAGCAUAUCCUCAGUGUGUCUUGAACUCUAUGAGUCAAUAGGAAAACAUUCUGCAAAAGAUGAAAAUAAAUUUGCACAGAUUAUACUCCAGGAUUUAGAUAAAAAAGAAAAUGGGCUGCAUGAUAUACUAGCUGUUCUUACCAUGAAAAGGGAUGGAUCUUUACAUGUGACAUGCACAGAUCAGGACACUGGAAAAUGUGAAGCAAUUACUGUUGAAGUGGCAUCAUAAUGGGGCGGCUAGGUGGCACAGUGGAUAAAGCACCGGCCCUGGAUUCAGGAGUUCCUGAGUUCAAAUCUGGUCUCAGACGCUUGACACUUACUAGCUGUGUGACCUUGGGCAAGUCACU